AUGCUGCCUCGCAACUUUCAUCAACUCAUCCUAAAGACUUCUUUCUCGCCAUUCCUCAACAACACCAAGCUUCCCCGCUCAGCAAGAAAAACAGGUUUCUUUGACCAUACCCAGUCACCGACACACCGAACCUACAACAUGACUUCCAGUGGCGGUUUCGUGAAAAUUCCCAACGACGAAGAGGAGAGGCGCAGGGAAGAAGCAGCACGAGAGUCCCGCGAUAGGCGUGAAAAGGCUAAGAAGGACCGCGAGGCACGUGCUGCCACCGAAGCGGCUGGAAAGGCAUCCCAGGAACGUCGUGGUGCUGGAGGCAGCUCUUCUUAG